UAAGUCUAGUAUCUUCAGAAACGAUUCUCGAAAUGUAACCGGCUUGGCAUACCUAACCUAUUAAACUUGUGGCUAUCCGUGAUUCGUGUGAUUGGCGAUAAAAGAGUUAAAAAAUUAAUUUGGAGAGUUAUAUUCAUGGUAAAAUUCAUGGCAAAAUAGUGGAUAUUUGGGGGCAAAUCUCCUUAGAAGUUUUUUUAGAUAGUCGGCCGACAAUCGUAGGAUGGAGAGAUUGGAGAGCUCCGGCGAGAGUUCGUCGAACAAUCAGCAGGCACCUGCGCGCGGCGAGAGAAAGGGUACACGGGGCUCGAGGCAGCGGGCUGUGGAUAACCUGAGCAAGAAGUUCCUGAGGAACUUCGAUCCAGAGCACAGCGAGCGGGAGAAGCGCAAGCUGCAUCGUCGAUUGUACCUCAGCUACAGGAAGCACCUGUACAAUGACUCAGGCGUAUUCAUACAGACAUCGGACGACCUCUGUGAUUGCUUAAGCCUGAACUGCCCUGGAUGCCAUUUACCGUGCCCUAAAUGCUCCUCGCCAAAGUGCGCCCACGAUUGCAGGAAUAAUCGCAAAUGGACCUAUGACACAAUCCAAUGCGAAGGGACCGAUGUCGUGGCAAAAAAUCCACUGUUAAAAGAGCCUGAAACGAAGUGAGAAUGUAAAAACACGCGAACGUGCGUAUCUGUAAGUAUCUGUAUAAAAUACCGCAAUUAGUAUUACGAGAUUCUUAUUUUAUUACUCUUAUAUAAACUGCGUAUUUACAUAAUAAGCGAAAGUGAACUUAAUAAAGUCUUAAAAUGCUGCAAAGGGGAAA